AAUCGCAACAAAAUCAACAAAAAAAAUCACAUAAAAAAUCAUAAGAAUUCAAAACAAAAGCCGAAUAAAUAAUCCAACAAUAUGUCGGCCUCCACGCGAAGUUCGGUGACGAGAAAAUCGUCUCUGUCCAAGAGUGCCAGCGCAGACAAAUCCACAAAGUCCUCAGCGAGUUCAUCCAAAAACCCAACGACACCCGCCGCCAGUGGAAACAAACAGAAAAUGCAGUACACAAAAACCAAGGAGCGCAUGGUCGAUGAUGUACCGCUGCCACCCACCCACAAAUUGACCAUGUCGGAGGUCUACGAUGAUCCCAAGACAGGCAAACCUAACUUCGAUGCAUUGCGUCAGCACUUUUUGUUGGAGGGACGCGUCGAGGAGGCCGUGGCCUUGAGAAUCAUCACCGAGGGUGCCGCCCUGCUGCGCGAGGAGAAGAACAUGAUCGACGUGGAGGCACCCAUUACCGUUUGCGGUGACAUUCAUGGACAGUUCUUUGACCUGGUUAAACUCUUCGAAGUGGGUGGACCACCUGCCACAACCAGAUACCUAUUCCUUGGCGACUAUGUGGACAGAGGUUACUUCAGCAUAGAGUGCGUUUUAUAUCUGUGGUCUUUGAAAAUAACCUACCCCACCACACUGUCCCUCCUGCGAGGCAAUCACGAGUGCAGACACCUGACAGAGUACUUUACCUUCAAACAGGAAUGCAUCAUCAAAUAUUCGGAAAGUAUUUACGACGCCUGCAUGGAGGCGUUCGACUGCCUGCCCCUCGCCGCCCUGCUGAACGGGCAGUUCCUCUGCAUCCACGGCGGCCUGUCGCCCGAGAUAUUCACACUUGAUGACAUCAAGACGCUAAAUCGCUUCAGGGAACCACCGGCCUAUGGUCCUAUGUGCGAUCUGCUUUGGUCCGAUCCGCUGGAGGACUUUGGCAAUGAGAAGACCAAUGAGUUCUUCUCCCACAACUCGGUGCGAGGAUGCUCCUACUUCUUUAGCUACUCGGCCUGCUGUGAGUUCCUGCAGAAGAACAACCUGUUGUCGAUAGUCAGGGCUCAUGAGGCUCAGGAUGCGGGGUACCGCAUGUAUCGAAAGAACCAGGUUACCGGCUUCCCCUCACUGAUCACUAUUUUCUCCGCCCCCAACUAUUUGGAUGUUUACAAUAACAAGGCAGCUGUGCUCAAGUACGAGAACAACGUGAUGAACAUCCGCCAAUUCAAUUGCUCACCGCAUCCCUACUGGCUGCCCAACUUCAUGGACGUCUUUACAUGGUCGCUGCCCUUCGUGGGCGAGAAGGUGACUGAGAUGUUGGUCAAUAUCCUGAACAUUUGCUCGGAUGACGAACUGGUGGCUGGACCCGAUGAUGAGCUGGAAGAAGAGCUACGUAAGAAAAUUGUGCUCGUGCCGGCGAACGUGAAUAAUAACAAUAACAAUAAUACGCCCAGUAAGCCAGCUUCCAUGUCGGCGCUGCGCAAAGAGAUAAUACGGAAUAAGAUACGGGCCAUUGGCAAGAUGUCGCGCGUCUUCUCCAUUCUCAGGGAGGAGUCGGAGAGCGUGCUCCAGCUGAAGGGUUUGACGCCCACGGGCGCCUUGCCAGUGGGUGCUCUGUCCGGUGGAAGGGAUUCCCUCAAGGAGGCUCUUCAAGGACUGACCGCAGCCACGCAAAUCCACUCGUUCGCCGAGGCCAAGGGCAUGGAUGCGGUCAACGAACGGAUGCCGCCGCGCCGUCCGCUGCUGAUGAGUGCCAGCAGCAGCAGCAUCACCACAGUUAGCAAUAGCAGCAGCAGCAACAACAAUAACACGACGACAAAGAAUAGCAACAGCAACAGCAGCAUCAGCAGCAGCAAAAACAUCAGCAGUAAUGACACCACAACCGUGACCAAGACCAGCAGGACGACUGUGAAAUCGGCCACCACCAGUAAUGUGCGGGCAGGAUUCACCUCCAAGAAGUUCUCAUAGUCAAAGGACUUUCCGCCCUGCUUAAUACUAUUACUUAUCAUUUUUGUUUCGACUUUCUGUUACCCAUUUAGUUGUACUUCGCGUUAAGAUAAGGUCAGGCACAUACAAAUAUUUGUACCAAAAGCAACUCAUUUUAAAAAUUCACACAAUUUAAAAUUAAACCAGCCCUUGUAUUUUGUAAAGUUAAACGUGAAAGGGAAAAUGUUUUGAUGUGUCUGAUCUUAACUUUAGUUAAAAUUUUAUACAAGAAACACUUUCUCUUAUGCUAGUCAAACCCAAAAAAAAACAAAAAUAUGUGACCCUCAAUUGUACAGCUUUUGAUUGUAGGCACACUCUCUAUAGAAUCUCUCCGCGAAAAUCCCAAGGCGAAAAACACACUCAUACUCGACAGCAAUAUUAGCAAAAAUUUAUACGUGACAUGAAAAACAGUUCAAUAAAAAGUGGCAGCAAAUAGCUCAAAA